AUGGCAUUUAAAGUGAACUACUACUACUGCUUCAUCGCUCUGACCAUUGUUGCUGUCGUUGCAAAUGCUGCCGAAGAAAAGAACGAUGAAACCGACGCCUACCCCAGCUAUAGCUUCAAUUAUGAUGUGCAGGACGCGGUAACCGGCGACAUUAAGUCACAAUCGGAGCAGCGUGAUGGUGAUGUAGUCCGCGGACAAUAUUCACUUCAAGAGGCUGACGGCUAUCAACGCACUGUCGAAUAUACUGCUGAUGCGGUGAAUGGAUUUAAAGCCACUGUACGCCGCGAACUGUUGGGCGAGCCGGCAAAGAACUUGGCUCCUGCAAUUUCAACACCGCAGAUUUUGCCACAGCCCAAAAUAGAAAAUCUUUAUGCUCAACCCGCAACUUCUGCCAGCCUACCCAAUCUACCAGCUCCAAUUGCUCCAAAGUACGAACAGUUGACACAGAAAUCCUAUGUUACACCGGUUUUUUCGCCCGCAUAUUACCGCGCUUACGCUGCACCUACUUUGCUUCAUCACGCACCGGCCACCCACGCAGUCAUACACCACGCUCCGGCUACCGCAGUUCAUUUGUCGCCAGCCACUCAUUUUGUCCAUACCGCGCCCGCAGCUACCACCUUGCUGAAGACAUCUCCGGCUGUCAUCACGCAUCACGCCAUUCAUACAGAGGCUCAUCCAGCCGUGGUCAAGACCUCGUUUACAGCUCCGCAUGUUUCAUAUGUUUACUAA